GGUUUUGGGGGGGUGCAAGUGGGAAGCCUGCAGCUCAGCCGCCGGGGCUCUCCUCCCCCCACCUGUACGAGGCUGGGCUGGAAGAGCCUGUGCUCAGCUUCCCACCCCCUGGUGCUUGGGCUUGGUCUUCCCUGCGGGUCCCCGCGCUGUCAUUCAGGCGGGGGGCCAGGAGGCCUAGUGUCCUCCUGAGCGCUCGGGGGGAGCCGGGGCGAGGGCUUUGGGCUGGGCCGCGGGGUCCCAGGGGUCCGCCCGCCUGCUAGAAGCGUUUCUAGGCCCAGGGAAGCCUGCCUGCCGGGAGGUGCGGAGUAGGGGCAGCCAGAUCCGGGGGCAGGCGGCGAGAAGUCCUCAGGCUAAGAAAUGGCAUUUCAGAAGGCCGUGAAAGGGACUAUUCUUGUUGGAGGAGGUGCUCUUGCAACCGUUUUAGGACUCUCUCAGUUUACCCAUUACAGAAGAAAGCAAGUGAACCUGGCCUAUGUCGAAGCAGCAGAGUGCGUUUCAGAACCUGUUAACAGAGAACCUCCUUCCAGAGAAGCUCAGAUAAUGAGUUUGCAAAACACAUCUGAAUUCGAUAUCCUUGUUAUUGGAGGAGGAGCAACAGGAAGUGGCUGUGCGCUGGAUGCUGUCACCAGAGGACUAAAAACAGCCCUUGUAGAAAGAGAUGAUUUCUCAUCAGGGACCAGCAGCAGAAGCACUAAAUUGAUCCAUGGUGGUGUGAGAUAUCUUCAGAAGGCCAUCAUGAAGUUGGAUAUUGAGCAGUAUAGGAUGGUAAAAGAAGCCCUUCAUGAGCGUGCCAACUUACUGGAAAUUGCUCCCCAUUUAUCAGCUCCCUUGCCUAUAAUGCUUCCAAUUUACAAAUGGUGGCAGUUACCUUACUACUGGGUAGGAAUCAAGCUAUAUGAUCUGGUUGCAGGAAGUAAUUGCCUGAAAAGUAGUUAUGUCCUCAGCAAAUCAAGAGCCCUCGAACAUUUCCCAAUGCUCCAGAAGGACAAACUGGUAGGAGCAAUUGUCUACUACGAUGGACAACACAACGACGCACGGAUGAACCUUGCCAUUGCUCUGACUGCUGCCAGGUAUGGGGCUGCCACAGCCAAUUACAUGGAGGUGGUGAGCCUGCUCAAGAAGACAGACCCCCAGACAGGGACCGAACGCGUGAGCGGGGCGCGCUGCAAGGACGUCCUCACAGGGCAGGAAUUUGAUGUGAGAGCCAAGUGCGUUAUCAAUGCCACAGGACCUUUCACGGACUCUGUGCGCAAAAUGGACAACAAGGAUGCUGCAGCCAUCUGCCAGCCCAGUGCUGGGGUCCACAUCGUGAUGCCCGGUUAUUACAGCCCAGAGAGCAUGGGACUUCUUGACCCAGCAACCAGUGAUGGGCGAGUUAUUUUCUUCUUACCUUGGCAAAAGAUGACUAUCGCUGGUACUACUGAUACUCCAACGGAUAUUACAAACCAUCCCAUUCCUUCGGAGGAAGAUAUCAACUUCAUUUUGAAUGAAGUGCGUAAUUACCUGAGUUGCGAUGUUGAAGUGAGAAGAGGGGACGUCCUGGCAGCAUGGAGUGGUAUCCGGCCCCUUGUGACAGAUCCCAAGUCUGCAGAUACUCAGUCCAUCUCCCGAAAUCACGUUGUCGAUGUCAGCGAGAGCGGCCUUAUCACUAUAGCAGGUGGGAAGUGGACGACCUAUCGAUCUAUGGCAGAAGAUACCAUAAAUGCUGCUAUCAAGACUCACAAUUUGAAAGCAGGACCAAGCAGAACGGUUGGGCUUUUCCUUCAAGGAGGGAAAGAUUGGAGCCCCACACUCUAUAUUAGGCUUGUCCAGGAUUACGGCCUUGAAAGUGAGGUGGCCCAACAUCUUGCCACCACCUACGGUGAUAAGGCUUUUGAGGUGGCCAAAAUGGCAAGUGUGACUGGCAAGAGGUGGCCUGUUGUGGGAGUGCGACUUGUGUCCGAAUUCCCAUAUAUUGAGGCAGAGGUGAAAUAUGGGAUUAAGGAGUAUGCCUGCACCGCAGUGGAUAUGAUUUCACGGCGCACUCGCCUGGCAUUUCUGAACGUCCAGGCCGCCGAGGAAGCCCUACCCAGGAUUGUUGAACUGAUGGGCAGAGAACUGAACUGGGAUGAUUAUAAGAAAGAGGAAGAACUUGAAACAGCCAAGAAGUUUCUGUAUUAUGAAAUGGGCUACAAAUCUCGAUCAGAACAGUUAACGGACCGCUCUGAAAUUAGCCUAAUGCCUUCAGACAUAGACAGGUACAAGAAGAGAUUUCAUAAGUUUGAUGAAGACCAGAAAGGCUUUAUUACCAUUGUUGAUGUUCAGCGUGUAUUAGAGAGUAUCAAUAUCCAGAUGGAUGAAAAUACACUACAUGAAAUUUUGAAUGAAGUAGAUUUGAAUAAAAAUGGACAGGUUGAACUCAAUGAAUUUUUGCAGCUAAUGAGUGCUAUUCAAAAAGGAAGGGUGUCUGGAAGCCGGCUUGCUAUACUCAUGAAAACUGCGGAAGAGAACCUUGACAGAAGAGUUACAAUUCCAGUGGACCGUAGUUGUGGAGGAUUGUGAGUCUGGGCAGUAAACCCACAGCCAACAAACACGGGAACAACAAACCACCAUGUAACAACCAGAGAUGACUUAAACAACUCUAAAAUAGUGAAUAUGAAUAGCUGCCUUUUUUUUUUUUUUUUUAACACUGGAAGACAUUCCAAAACUUUAGGGUGUUGGUAUAUUUGCCAACCUUCUAUGCUGAUAUUUGUAUAUGACAUUCAAUCUAGCUUCUAGAAAGUACAUUUUAUCCUUUUUUCUUAUUUUCAGUGCACACUGAUUUAACAUUUUACAUCCAUUUUGUGACCCGUUAGACUUAACAUGCUCCUUUUUUAUUAUUCAUUUAUUCUAAAUCAGUUCUGAGGGUAGAAUAUUUUGGCAACAAUUGAAAAAGGAAGCUAGAGAAAUUUUGUGACAUCCACAAAGCACCGGACAUUAACCUUAUACAUAGCAUUUGUUAAAAAGAGUGACCUACUGAAGUGAUAGUAUUUCUGGAAACUUUUCAGCCUCUUCUUUUUCCAGCUGGUCUACCUGC